UUCUUUUUCUUUGUUUUUUUUUUUGUUUUUUUUUGUUUUUUGCCAUCUUCCAACUUCUUUCUCCUUUAUUUUUUCUCCACUUGCUGUAGCCCUCGAGCGGCGCAUAGAAGAUGGACGCGCAGAUCGAGAACGCGAUCCGUGUGGCCUGGGACCCCCAGGCUGAAGCCUCAUUAAAGGCUCAGGCCUUCGAGUUCCUCACCCAACUCAGGAGCGACCCGCAGGCCUGGCAGGUGUGCAUCACGCUGUUCACUCGAUGGCCCCGCGCCUCUGAUGUCGUUCGCCUCGUCUCGCUCGAGAUCGUCAACCAGGCUGUCCAGACGGGCGCUCUCGACUCCCAGAGCCUACUGUUUUUAAAAGAUACCCUGUUCGGCUAUGCUAGGCGCUCCUACGGCCCCGGUGCCCAGGAGACCGCCGACCCUCCCCAUCUUCAGAACAAGCUCGCCCAGACCCUGACGUACCUUUUCGCACACCUCUACAAUGGCGGCUGGGAGGCCUUCCUUGGCGAUUUCCUCAGCCUUACCGCCUCGGACGCCGCCAAUCCCCGCCAGAGGGAUAACGUUCUGGGCGUGGUCCUCUACCUGCGCAUCCUUGGCUCAGUCCACGACGAGAUUGCCGAUACCAUCCUAGCCCGCCAGUCCAGCGAGGCUAAGCGCAACACCAGCCUCAAGGAUGCCAUCCGUGAGCGAGACAUGCGCGCCGUUGUCGAGUCCUGGAAGGACCUGCUUGCCCAAUACACCGGCCGCGACGACUCCAUCGUUGAGCUCACCAUGAAAGUCCUGGGGAAGUGGGUCAGCUGGAUCGACAUCUCGCUCGUCAUCACCCAGGACAUGUUGAACCUGAUCUUCCCACUGAUCGGCCGCCCGACGUCUGGUACCGACCCCAUCCGGGACGCCGCCAUCGAGUCCUUCAACGAGAUUGUCGGCAAGAAGAUGAAGCCUGUUGACAAGACGGAGCUGAUCAGCUUCCUCAACCUGCGCCAGAUUGUCGCCGAAUUGGUCGCCAGCCCGCCACUUAACGAGUUCCGUCAUACCCCCCGGUACGACACGGACCUCGCCGAGGCCGUGGCCAAGCUGGUCAACACGGCCGUCACCGACAUUGUGCGCGUCCUUGAGGAUGUCUCUGUGCCCAACGAUUCCCGUGCAAAGGCCGAGCAGCACCUACAGGACUUUCUCCCCCUCCUUCUCCGUUUCUUCGCCGAUGAAUUCGACGAGGUCUGCUCGACCGUGAUAGCCUCCCUGACCGACAUCUUGACAUUCCUGCGAAAGGUUGGGAAUUUGCCCGAUACGUAUCGAUCUAUGCUCAGCCCUAUCUUGGAUGCCAUAGUCACCAAAAUGCGCUUCGACGAGACCUCGCGGUGGUUCGAAACCGAGGAGGGAGAGGAGGAGGCAGAGUUUAUGGAUCUGCGCAAACGGCUGCAGAAUCUCCAGAAGAGCGUGGCUGCGGUUGAUGAGAACCUCUUCGUUGAGGUCAUUAGCAACCUCGUGGCCGCGACUCUGCAAAACCUGAACGAGCGCGGUGCGCAGAUGGACUGGCGGGACAUCGACCUGGCCCUUUAUGAGCUGCUGCUGUUCGGCGAGAUCGCUCAGCCCGGCCAAGGCGUGACCCCAAAGAGCCAGGGUUCCAGUGCGGCGGCAGAGAGGUUAGAAGCCAUCAUGCGCAAACUGGUUGAGUCGGGUGUCGCCGAGUAUUCCCACCCGGGCAUUCUCCUUCAGUACCUGGAGAUAUGUGUACGGUACUGCCAAUUCUUUGAGCACAAUCAGUCAUAUAUCCCUCGCGUGCUGGAGAACUUUGUCCGGCUAGUGCACCACAACCACCCGAGACUGCGGGUGCGAUCGUGGUACUUGUUCCACCGGUUCGUCAAGCAGCUUCGUGCGCAGGUCGGCAACGUGGCCGAGACCAUCAUUCAGUCCAUUGCAGACCUUCUACCAAUCAAGGCUGAGAUUCCCGACGACGAUGGCGAUCAGGACGACAUGUCCUCGGACGAGACGGACAACUCGGCCGAUGCCGUCUUCAACAGCCAAUUGUACCUCUUCGAGGCUAUUGGCUACAUCUCCUCCACCCAGGCCACGCCUGUUGAGAAGCAAGCCUUGUACGCGCGCUCGGUCAUGGACCCCCUCUUUUCCAGCAUGGAGAGCCACCUUUCCAAGGCCAAAUCGGGCGACACCCAGGCCGUGCUGCAGAUUCACCACGUCAUCAUGGCGCUGGGCACUCUGGCCUACGGCUUUUCAGACAACAGGGGGCAGGGCAACCAGAGGCAGGCCCCUGACAAGCUGGUGUCGGACGAGUUUUCCAGGGCGGCUGAAGCCAUUCUGAUCGCGCUCGGAGAGCUCAACUCGACUAGAGAGAUCCGGGUCGCAUGUCGCUUCGCCUUCUCGCGCAUGUUGAAUGUGCUUGGAUCCGCGGUUCUGCCGCAGCUUCCCAGAUGGAUCGAGGGUCUUUUGUCCCAAAGCUCUACCAAGGAUGAAACCGCCAUGUUUCUCCGGCUCCUGGACCAGAUUGUCCACAGUUUCAAAGCAGAGAUCUACAGCGUGCUCGAUCUCUUACUCACUCCUCUCCUCCAGCGCGUGUUUGCCGCCCUGAACGAGCCUGUCACGGGCAUGGACGACGAAGUCCAGUUGGGCGAGCUGCGGAGGGAAUAUCUCAGCUUCCUGCUGGUCAUUCUUGAUAACGACCUGGGGAAUGUUCUGGUCAGCGAAGCCAACCAGGGUUUCUUCGAACAGCUCAUCUCCUCUGUCAUCACCCUAGCGAAGACGACGGCGGGCAACAAUAACAUGAUGACCAGUCGGCUGGCCUUCUCUGCGCUCACCCGCGUCGUGAACACUUGGGGAGGGCCAGACGUUGCGAAUAUUGCGGCAAACCCCUCGGCACCUACAGGCGCCGCCUCGCCAGCAAUUCCCGGACUCGACCAGUUCAUGAUUGAUCGUUUCCACCCGGUUUGCUGGGAGGUCAUCAAGGACCCGCACUUCAACCCGGGCAAGGAUGCACAGACGAAGCAGGUGCUCAACGAGAUCGCGGGCCUGGAGCAGGCUAUUUACACCAAAACAGGAGAGGCUUUCAUCAAUAACCUGCAGAACUCGCUGUUCCCUCUUCUUGGCGUUGAUGGAACAGAAUUUCUCCGAUCCAUGACCACGUCAACCGAGAAGAAGUUGUUUGGCAAUUACCUACAUAACCUUGUUAAGAGCCGGCGAUGACGAGGACGGAAAGCCCAGGGAAAGGCUGGCAACCGGACAUAUGCAACACAUCCGCAAACCAAUACCACAUGAUACAAACCCCGCGCUCAGCUUCGGGCACUUUCUGUCUCAUUCGCGCAGGUUAAAGAUUCACACGACGAACUUUUUCUCACCUUUUGACGUUUUAUUUGGUGGAACCUUUAUAGAACUCGUCUGUUGGUGGAGAACGACAGCCGAACAAGGAAAAUCCUAGAAGAAAUCCACGCGAUGCCCGGCCAUCUCCUCUAUGAGGGACGGAGCCUAGCAGAGGAGUGAAAGAUUGGGAAACCAUUGUGAGAGCGGUAUGUUGAGGGCUGAUUUACUCACUGCUACGGCAAGACCAACUUGUCUUUGCCAGAUCAUAGCGCGUUGCCCUUGUUUGUAGACCAUGCGCUUCGAAUUUACAUCUUUUUGAUUAGGAAGCCACCCUGAUUAAGGCUCACGGCCGUGUCACGGCCGAUAUCCGUUCCGCCUUCGAGCGACCGUCGUAUGCUCCAACAUCACGGCUAGGCUUGAACAUGGUUUGGUAAUGCCGGACAUGGCAAGCUAUUGCUGAACUUAGACAGGCAGCUGGCUCAUAUACUCCCCAGACUGGUUGGAACGCGGAAAAGCUUGACGGAGAUUCCAAUCAGUGCCGUCGAACUGCCGGG